AUGAGCAAGCAACCGCCAAAUAACUUCUCAAAGCGGGGCUGCAACUGCGGCAUCGCUUCCGCCAAGACCUCUCCGCCCCUACAGGAAGAACGCGAUAUGCCGGAAAGGCUUACUGCUAGCCCAUACCAAAGUGGUGGUGGUCGCCGCCGCCGCUACGGAGGCAGCGACGAAGGUAGUAGCAGCAGUAGUGAUCGUGAUAACGACAAGGCUCCACGCGUCGGUGGCGUGGUCGCAGCUAAGGAGGGGGGCUGGACUUUCUUAUCGAAAAUAUAUGCUUGCAUUAUGUCGCUGUUUGCUAUGAUGCGUUACGUCACUUUGCUCUUAUUUUUUGGCCACGCUGCCGCUAGGGCUGCACAUGGCCCCGACGCCUACGCUGUGACGGAGAAAGAUGCUGAUUUCCCAGCUGAGGGUCGCAACAGCACCGAGCAAGGUAGUUGGGCCACGCCCAAACGUUUUGGAUUGCCCACACCGCGCCCAUUGUUUGAUUCUGUGACCGAUGCAGAAAGUGAAAGCAGCUACUCUUUUUCUUCUUCUCGAGUCAGUGACGCAGCGCGGCGGCGCUUUCAAGCCAAUUUGCUUAUUCGCAAGUCGUUGGAAACUGAAAGAACAGAAAGUCUUCUGAAGAACCUCCGUGUGCAUGCCUGUACUUGGAACGUGGAUCAGCAGCCGCCACCCACGAGCAAUAAUGGGUUUUAUGAGUGGCUGUUAGGGAGGCAACUGAUGGAAAAACUGACUGCGUAUAACGCAUCAGGCAAGGAGAUUAGAAGCAACAGUGAUGGGACCAGGCCUCCCUUUCCGAUUGCCGAGUUUCCUGAUGUCGUGAUCGUCACCAUACAAGAAGUAGAGAUGGGUGGGGUUGUUCUCGUACGGGAAUACACUGAAACUGGAGUCGCGUGGACAGAGGCCAUCGUAGAUGCCUUGAACAAAGUCAGUGAACAUCGGGUGUGGUACAGGAAGGUGAAGUUUUUACAGCUUGUGGGGCUGGUGUUGAUCCUUGUGGUGCGAUGUGCGCACAUCGAUUACGUUGCAAAUGUUCGUGCCUCGCUCACGAGAACAGGCGCAAUGAAGGGUGUGUGGGGUAACAAAGGUUCUCUCGGAAUUCGGGCCACAAUAUACGGUAAACGGUUUCUUUUCAUUGCCGCACAUUUCGUAGCACACAAACAUAAUGAGCGUGCCCGUACCCUUAACUAUCGCGCCUCGCUAAAAGAGCUGUGCUUUCAGCUACCAGAAGAAGUGGAUGAUGAAAUGGAUGUGUUUCAGACGUUUAGCGCCGCAAACGAUGCCAGUAUGGGACAGAAUGACGUUGAGAGCCGUUCCAGAUUGUCUCUUCUCCUUCGAAAGAUUCGCCACUCCUCUUCAACGUUGUUGGAGAAAAAAGUGUUGGACAAGUAUGACUAUGUGUUUUUCCUCGGCGAUUUAAAUUCCCGCCUACACGGCGUCAAGGGAAACGACAUUCGCCGCCUCGUCCGGAAAGGCGAGUUCGAUCGACUUAUCUGCCACGACGAGAUUCGGCAGGGAAUGGUCAGUGGCGACACCUUCGAUGGCUUCCAGGAGGCCCUCAUAUCGUUUCCUCCCACGUACAAAUUUGACCACGAAACGGACUUAUAUGACACGAGUAGAAAGAAGCGUGACCCCGCAUGGUGUGACCGCAUUCUCUUCCGUGUCUGUCUUCCCUGUGAAGACUCCGGCGGCGGCUACGACAGCGAUGCUGAGGAUGACAUUGGCGAAAAGACCGCCGUCAACACGCAAGCGAGAAGAUCUACUGGCCCUUUGCACGACUCCUCUACAUGUGUAUAUGACAGCACAACGUUAUCGAGCUCCCUGCCGGAGCUUAUGCCAUCUAAAGUCGAGGUGCAUGAACCGCUCCUCACACAUUCUGGCAGUGUCGCUUUACUCCAAUCAUCUGUCUCCUCGGCGAGUAGCACAAGUUCGCUGUUGUUGCGUGGGAAAUCGGAGUCCGCGUUGUCGGACAUGAGCGUGCGAAGCUGUUACCCAGAGACUAUGUCAAUGCUUAAGGCGCAAGCUGUAGCGAAAUCCUCUUCGACGCAACCUGUCGCCCGUUCUGCUGAGACACCGUCGUUGGCAACGUUUCUCUCCGCACGGCGAUCGACAUGUAUGGACAAAAGCUCCACUGUUUUUCCAAUGAUUCCGAACAGUAUGUACGUCAUCGACUAUCAUCAUAUUCAGUCGCUGCGACAGUCCGAUCACAGGCCCGUUUGUGCACAGUUCAAUGUGACUGCUCUCGCACUUCAGAAGGAUUUGGUGGACAAUGUGCUGCAAAAGGUGCAGGAAACGCUUAUGCUGAAGGAGCCGAACCUACUUGAAGAUGCAUGA